AUGAUUAUUGUAGAAUCUACAAAAUUUAUGCCACGUUCUACAAGGUUAUUAUACAUCCCAGUAUUGCAUAUAAUACUAUUACCAUUUUAUGUCUAUGCAAACAAAAUCAAUCGACAGAGAGAUGAAAAGGCUGUAGUUUUUCCAAUAACUAAUUAUUUUUACAAAAUGGUAAAAAUUACAUUUAUUCCCUCGCUACUUACUCAUAUAAUCGGAUUUAUCGAUUAUUUUCUCCUACCGUCGGGUGAUAAACCUUUCUAUUGGAAAUUGUUGAACUUUAUUUCUUUCUGUAGCUUGUUUGCAUUUCAUAUUAACAAUACAGUAUUUCAUGUAUUGAUAAUGAUGAUGACACUUGUAAAAUUUCUAGUCUAUUUCUUCCCGUCCACUGAAAAAUGCUCGUUAUCCGUACAGUCGUUUUUCCAUAAAAAUCUUAAAUUAGUAUAUCUUACCCUUACAAUCAAGGAUUUGAUCAUACGUUACUCAAUUGGCGAUCGAAAUGCUCACAAAAGAUUAUACAGAAUUUCUUAUAUCACAUACUACGGCUUCAAUGUUCUUCUUCUUAUAUCUGCAUUGCUUUACAUUCCAAUAUUGAUAAACAUUCGAAAGCAUUCAUAUCUACCCUCUUUUCAAGAGCACCACCCGCAGAGGUAUAUCUUCUGGCAGACCAUAGUGGUUUUUAUUUUUAAAUCUAUCACAAUUCUAUCAGUCAUUUUUCAUGCAUAUUAUUCUAUUGAUUCUCUAAUUAUUAGGUUGGAAGAUGAGACGGCCAUCGAAAUGAUAACUAUUCCAUUGAUAAUCGAAAUGUCUUACUUGGGAUGUAACAAGCGGAAUAUGACAAUUUUGUUUACUUCCUUCAAGUUGAAACAUUUCCUGAAGGUGAUAUUCGGUUUAGAAUCUUCAACUGUUGAACCGCAGACUCUUGCUAAUGCUAGUAUGAACGUUACUACCUAG